AUGACGACAAAAAUCUCAGAAAUUCUUUCUGUGAAGCUCGAGACGUUAGCAACGUACAUCAAAUGGCGUGUGGACGGAGAUUCGUUUGAUCGAGGGUUUAAUGCAGAGUACCGCGUACUGCGGCAGCUGCACCUCACUCUAAACACUCCCGACCACAGGUCAAGGUACGAGGCUGAAACACAUGUCUCGUGCACAGUGAUCCUGAUGAAAGCUCUACUUCGCUUUUUAAUGAAAUUAAUACCAGCACGAUUUCUUUUCUCUGAGUCAAACGAGGACGUAAGCUCAUUUAAGGUUGCCAGUGAAGAGAGCGCGUUGAGUAUAUACGUGGAUGAAAUCAUACAGGAAGUUAAUGCUGACUCAGUGUUAGAGGCGGACAAAGAAGAUUCUUUAAUUGAGAAGUACAUUGCGCGAAUCCUAUACAGAGUUCUGGAAGAGGAGCAAACUGCAGAAGAUUCUGAUAUCACAGAGUACAUCGAUAAUAUUCUGAAAGCUGUACAGGAGCAGUUGCUAGCAGAAAAAGAACACAUCAAAGAUCUUGGUGAUACAGCCUUCUGUUAUCCACGAAAGUCAGGGGAACAAGACGAAGAUAUUGCAGUGCACUGGUACAUUGAGGGCAUCCUCACAGCAGUUCAGCAGGAUUUGUGCGCAGAGGAAUUAUCUUAUAAAGAACUGGAGACAGAAUCCGUUGCGAGCUCUGUUGAAGAGUGUGACGACCAAGCGGAUUUGGAGAGUAUUCUAGAAGAGGUGCAGAACGAAUUUGAGGACGACGUGUCCUGACAGCGAUUCUCCAGAUUUCGAUAUCGAUUUUGACUUUAUCAUGCCACGGAGAGGGAUGCCGUCAGUCAAUCCUUGUUCAUCAAAAACUCUGGUGAAAAAAACAAGGUCACAUGGUAUGGGAUGUUCUGUCAUAGCAAACAAAGCACAACUCGUGGAGAAAGGAAAUCCAUCUUCACUGAAAAGAAACCCAAUCAAAACCAACAAGUAUGGUAAAGAGGGUAAAAUGCCACAAGUGAAAAAUGCGAACAAGA